CCUUUGCUUUUUGCUUCCUCAGUGAACUGCAACAACUGAGGAAAAGCCAUAAACUCCCUCCCUUAUCCAUAUCGUCUUGUCCAAUAUCCUUGGAACUCGUCUGUUUGCAAUCUCAACUCUCAAACUUCCCAUCUUCCAUUCUGUACUCACUCUUCUCCUUAUGUAGAAAAACACCAUCAAUCAAUCAUCAAAAUCAUCAAAAAAAUGCUAAGCACAAUGUCAAUGAUUCACCAACCCCCUCGCUCCAUCUCGCACUUCCCCUCCUCCAAGUCCACCACCGCUUUCCUCCUCAAAAACCUCUCUUCCUCAUCCUCCUCACAGCCCGUCACCGACCAAUCCGAAUCCACCCCACCCUCCUCCCAAAUCCUCACAGCCCGUCACUCUCUCAUCUCCCGCCACCUCUCCGCCGUCCAGCUCGCCGAGUCCUUCCUCUCCCGCCUACGCCGCGCCGAGCCCCAUUUGCGCUCCUUCCUCCACGUCUCCCCCGACGAAGACGUCCUCCGCCAGGCCCGCCGCCUCGACGAGAUCCUCCAGAGGAAUGAGGAUGUGGGCCCCCUCGCCGGAGUUAUCGUCGCCGUUAAGGACAACAUCUGUACCUCCGACAUGCCCUCCACCGCUGGGUCCCGCGUCCUCGAGGGAUACCGCCCGCCGUUCGAUGCCACGGCCGUCAGGAGGAUCAGGGAGAUGGGCGGGAUUGUGGUGGGGAAGACCAAUUUAGAUGAGUUCGGCAUGGGCAGCACCACUGAAUCCUCUGCUUUUCAGGUGACUGCAAAUCCGUGGGACGUGUCUCGGGUGCCCGGGGGAUCGUCUGGGGGCUCUGCCGCAGCUGUUUCUGCGAGGCAGUGCAUGGUGUCUCUGGGGAGCGAUACCGGUGGAAGUGUGCGGCAGCCAGCGUCGUUCUGUGGUGUUGUUGGAUUGAAGCCCACAUAUGGACGUGUCUCCAGAUUUGGACUGAUGGCAUAUGCAUCAUCACUUGAUGUCAUUGGCUGCUUCAGUUCCUCUGUUUUUGAUGCUGGGAUUCUUCUUCAAGCUAUUUCUGGUCACGACACGUCUGAUGCCACUAGUAGUAAGCAGGUUGUUCCUGACUUCACAUCUCAAUUUACUUCCAUAAGUUUGUCGGAAUCUAAACCUUUGAAGGGGCUCAAGGUUGGCCUUAUCAGUGAAACUCUCGAGGACGGUGUUGACACUGGAGUAGCAUCCACAAUACGUGCUGCUGCUUCACAUCUUGAAGAAUUAGGAUGUUCUGUGUCAGAGGUUUCAUUACCAUCUUUCUCCCUUGGGUUGCCGGCCUACUAUAUUCUCGCUUCCUCUGAAUCAUCUUCUAACUUAUCGCGUUAUGAUGGUGUUAGGUAUGGAAACCAAGCUCCUGCUGAUGAGCUAAAUGCUCUAUAUGGGGAUUCCCGAGCAAAGGGAUUUGGUCACGAGGUCAAAAUGAGGAUAUUAAUGGGGACAUAUGCUCUAUCAGCCGGUUAUUAUGAUGCGUAUUACAAGCGUGCCCAGCAGGUGAGGACCAUAGUACGGAAAGGCUUUAAGGCCGCUCUUGAUGUAUAUGAUAUCUUAAUUUCACCUGCUGCUCCAUCUGCUGCUUAUAGGAUUGGCGAAAAGAAAAACGACCCAUUGGCAAUGUAUGCAGGUGACAUAAUGACUGUGAACGUAAACUUAGCAGGAUUACCCGCAUUAGUUUUGCCCUGUGGAUUUGUUGAAGGGGGAUCUGCAGGCCUUCCCGUUGGUCUUCAAAUGAUUGGUGCAGCAUUUGAUGAGAGCCAGGUCCAGUAUCAGGAAGACCUCUAA